UGAGAAAUUCCGCCAUUUUAUUCGCUCGAUCGUCUUUUGUGAAUAUUUCAAAAGUAAUGUUUCUCACAAUCUUCAUUGAUAAUCGGUGAUGAAGAAUGUGUACUAGAUAAAGAUAAAUUAUCAUUCUAUGGGACAGUGACGAAGGGGAUUCACAAUGGCAGCUGCCAACUAUGGACUAGAGCCAGUUGACUUGAACAACAUGUCACUGGAUACUCUACAUAGUCUGAUUCCAAGUAUUGUUAAACAUACAACUGGCCGUAGGUCCAUAGGGUGGGGCUAUGACAGCUAUAAGCCUGUGUGGUGGCCAGGUGAAAUACCUUGGCAGAACAUGAAGAAUAAAAACAUGAAACAGCAUCGCAUGACCUCACUUCUGAAAAAGAUAAUUAGAAGCUGUUAUACUUUCUAUGGACAAGAGGAUCUGUUGGAACCACAGGGUAAAACUGAUAAAAAUCAGAAUGUUUGCAAUCCAUUGACUCUGCCUGAUGACUCUAGAAACAAAGAUGCUAGUGAUGUGAUGUGGAUGCCAGCCACUAGCUUGGAGAAGCCUUUGGUGGUCUUAACUGACAAAGUUAAUAUGUUGGGCCAAGGAUCGGACCAGGCUUCUCCUAAGAUGGUAAAUAAGUACCCUAAUCUUGGGUCUUUACUCUCAAGUGGGAUGAAGUCCGAUAUUUACAACCCAAAGUCAGAUAUUUACAACACUAAUGUGCUCUCUGCAACAGUGCCCUCCACAAGUAGGCAGAUAGUUGAGGUGUUUGUCUGCUUCUUCUGCGAGACAGAGUUCCACUCCAGAUGUGAUCUCACUGAGCACCAGAGUCUGUGUGAGUUCAGACCCCCUGAGCUACAAUCUUGUAUGAAUCUGACCACCCCACCCCGCCCUUCACUCUACCGAGGCCUCCCCACCCCUCCACAACUGAGUCCCAAGAGACCCACAAUGAUAAAGCAAGCAACCAAGCUGGAUUAUAUCCAACAGUUAGCCCUGGUGCCCGUUGAUAAAGCUCAAAGGAUACGAAUGGAUACACCAAAGAGAAAAAUUCUUUGUGAGAAUCUUGAUUUCACAGACAUGAAAAUGUCCACACCUUUGCAGAAUGAUUCACCAACAUCGCCAUUGUCGCCAAAAACUCCACGAUCAUUGAUGUCGCAGUUAAGUCGUGACAUGACUUAUACGCCAAUCACCCAGAGGGGAAGUGACGCAGGGAGUGAUUAUAGUUACUCAGACAAUGGUGAAGAAGGUACAGAAACUGGGGGUAUCUUAAAGCCCCAUAAUUUGCUUUCCAUAGAUAUAACUUCGCAAUUGGGGCAGCGUAUCAAGAAACAUGUUCGUGUCCAGGAGGUACAUAGUUAUACAAAAAACAACCCAGAAGUUUGCUGUCAUACACCCAAAAGGAAUGUAGUAUAUCAGAAGCUAAGACAUAGAGAUAGCAAUUUUCCUAUCACUUACAAAAAAACUCGGAAAAAUGACUGCAGAUAUAACCGAGAGUAUAAGUUUACAAGGGCCCAGAAAAGAGAAUUCAUGAAAAGAGUAGAAAGUGGAGGACUUAAUAAAGCAAGCAGACAAUUAAAACGGAAAAUGAAGAAAUGUUCAGUGCGUGUCAGUAAAAUGACUAAGAAGCAAGUAGAAAGGAUUGUUCUUGCUCUUAAGCAAAUGCGUGGUAGAAUACCCAUUACAUCAUCUCGCAAUAUUCGAUGGUUAGCAGAACAUUCGCUGGUCGAUUUUCCACGAGGCCCUGCCCUCAUGCAACAAGACAUCACAAAGCUGUUGGGACUCAGUACAAUAAACAGUCCAUACAAAUUGGAAUCUACAAAGCAGCGGGCAGUUCUUUAUAGAAGUUUACUCAAUGAUUUCAAUAGAAAUGCAUCUCCUUCAUCAAGCGAUGAAAGCCUCGUUGGUAAAAAGCCUGCUGAUGUAAUCGUCAUAGGUGAUGAACCCCAUACCAAUAAGUUUGGUAACCCUGGAUUAAAACCUGAGUUGAUGAGACGCAUGAAUAGUUACACUAUGUCAACUUUAUCAAGCAGGAGGGCACAUUCUAAAUGCCCGGUGCAUAGAAUACCCCCCAACCCUAACCAUGAUAACAGCAUUGAUGUAAUCUCUUUAUCAUCUGAUGAGAGUGAUACUGAAACACCCGUACCAUGUAAAACUACAGAUAAUACUGAAACUUCAGGUAAAGUUGUGUCCCAUUCGAGUAGGACAAGCUCCACUUCGAAUCAGAAGUUUGAAGAAACACCCAAGUUAACCCCAAGUGACAUCGCUAACUCCACGGCUAUUUCUGGCAAAAUGCUUCACCAUCGUGUGCUUUCUGAUAAAGACUUUGAUACAAAUAAAAACAUAUUUGAUAUAAUGAGCCCUGGCAUGGCUAGAUCUCCUAUGAAAUCAAGUGAGAAAGUACAGCACUAUUUGAAAGAGCAGACAUCAAGCUCUACUCCUCCUCCACCAGGCAUUAGCAAACGACCACAGCGACAGAGCUCUAUGUUCAGAAUGGUUGAUGAUGAAGUGUCAAUCAAGUCUGAGCCGUCAUCUCAGGUGAAAUCAUCUCAAGAUGCAGUUGACAAAACAUCCCCUGACUCCAACGAUAACGAGAAAUCAGAAACUGAGUCUCUUGUGAGAAAAACGCGAACAUCAGCUAGGAUAUCGAAAAAACGCGCCAGGAAGGAAAUAAGUGAUGAAAAAGCAAGCGAUGGGAGGUCUAGUUUAUCAAAGAAGAGCAAGCAGGAACAUUCUGAGUCUCCUUCGUGUGCUAAGAAGCAAUCUGAGCUUGAAUCUGCACAAUCUUCACCCAUUGAAUCUACUGAUGACAAAGAUCUCAAAAAGCCAUAUUUUUUCCACUGCACUAUGUGUAAUGAUCAGAUCAUUUAUGCUAAGAAUGGUAGGGCCCAUAUACGGGAUCACUUAAAUGCCCACCAUGCAACAGAACAAAUUGCCAUGGUAGAACCCCAUACAGGAAUUAAACAAAGCUUUCAGUAUGUUAAAGCUGUGGCUAUUUGUUCGCCAAUUGAUAAUAAAAAGCUGAAGAUUAACAUGGUGAAAGUUAAACAAACAGCCAGAAAAAGCUGUUCAUCUCCAACCCCAACCAGCAUUAGUUCCCCAACUAAAUCUUCAACAUGUACCUUGGGGACGAGGCAACAAAACUCCCCUAUGAAUAAAUCCCUUCGCCUCCUGGCCCCGAAUUCUUCGCCCAAAACCCCACCACACUCAACUAAGCAGGUGGACAAGUCACCAAUUCUGAAGUCAAGCCAUGUAAAUGUUAAGCCAUUGAACCGGAACUUAUUUCCACCAUCCAAACCAGGGUCUCCCGAUAUGAAAUGCCCGGUGCAUGAUCAUGUGACUACAGGCGUAGGACAGAUGCAUUACAAUGGGAAUAAUUACUCAAAAAUGCCAAUGAAUCUACAGGUGCUACAAAAUGGAGGUCGGAUGCGGAAAAGUUCAUUGGGUAGCUGUGGUACCUCAAGCAACAACAGUGUCAGUGUAAGAACUAAAGAUAGUGAUGUCAUCAUUCUGGAUUAAAUGAUGCUAUUUAGGUGUCAUCUAUCUUAUGUUUUCAUCUUUUUUGUUAAUGAGUGGGUAAAUGGAUUGUUCAAAAUUUAAUUCAAAAUAUUUAAAAUGACUUAACUAAACAGGGGGUGCUAAAAAAUGAGGACAAAUUUACCAUAAAGUCCAAAGAAACUGUGAUCAUUGUCUCUUAGGCCUUUCACUGAAGAUGCGUUACUUGACCAUGAUUUUAGUAGAUAAACUGAAGCAUCUUGGACUGGUACAUGGAAUGGAGGUAGGGGGUAAAUCAGUGCACCAGGAUGGUGGCUUAUAUAAGGUGUAGAGGGUAGGGAGUAACUCAGUAAAAAGCAUUGUGGUAAAUAGACGUGAACAGAGGGUAGUGCUGCCGUGCAGUGUAAUUGCAAUCAAGUUACUAGAAUUGAUGUAUCUUGUGUACUGAACAUAAUUCUGGAGACAUCAUGUCAAGUAAUAUUAAUCACCAAGAUUUUAGUUACAAGGCAGUGAUUAAACAAAGAAUAUUCAUAGUAGUUGUUUAUUAAGCUAACUUCUUUAAUGACAGCAAAUGUUUCAGAAA